AUGGGUAAAGUCAGAACCAAGACUGUCAAGAAGGCAUCCAAGAUCAUCGUUGAGAAGUACUAUAACUCUCUCACUACCGAUUUCGAUACCAACAAGAAGGUUUGCCAAGAAAUCGCCAUCAUUCCAACCAAGAGAAUGAGAAACAAGAUUGCUGGUUUCACCACUCACUUGAUGGCUAGAAUCAAGAAGGGUACCGUCAGAGGUAUCUCCUUGAAGUUGCAAGAAGAGGAAAGAGAAAGACGUAUGGACUACGUUCCAGAAGUUUCCUAUGUCGAAGAAAUCAUCAACAAGGGUAUUGAAGUCUCUGAAGAUGUUUCUGACAUGUUGAAGACUAUCGGAUUCGGCGAUUUGAAGCAAGUUACCAGAGUCUCCCAUGGUUCAAGUGCUCCUCACUACCAAAAGAGAAGAGGAAACAAGUCCUAUUAA